UUCUGUUGAAAAUAAAAACAUGUAGGGACCAAAAUGAUGAAAUUUCCAAAGUUGUAUAUGUGAAUGGAAGCUAUCUAAGAAGCCGCAUAUAAUACACCAAUAUCUAAAUUUAGAACUUAACACUACAUCUAUUUGCAGAGUUUUUUUCAUCAAGAAAGAAAGAGAUGGCAGAGUUUGCUGUUUCCCUGGUUGUGGAAAAGCUUACGAACUUACUUACGCAACAAGCAUCAUACAUGGACGGCGUUAGUCGAAAAAUCGUACAACUGAGAAACGAGUUACGAUGGAUGCAAAGUUUCAUUAAAGAUGCAGACACGAAACAAGAAGACAAUGAUUUGAUGCAACAAUGGGUGAAUGAUGUAAGAGAUGUAGCUUACGAGACGGAAGAAGUUAUAGAAACGUAUGUUUCGAAGGCAGCGGCUCGAAGCACGUUUGAUUUGGUUACCAAGCCGUUUCACUUGUACAAGGUGGGGAAGGAGAUUGAAAGUAUUCGAAUGAGGAUUCGGGAAAUAUCCGGAAGACGAAAUGCAUACGGCGUUGAGAGGAACAGUAGAGGUGAAGGGCGUGGUGUGAAUGACAGGCUGAGAUGGUGGAGACAACCGUCUCCUCAUGUCGAGGAAGAUGAUAUUAUCGAGCUGGUUGAAGACACGAAAGCUUUGCUUAUGCAAUUGACUAGCAUGGAAUCAAGACGCAGGGUGGUUUCUGUUGUUGGUAUGGGUGGUUUGGGGAAAACGACACUUGCGAAAAGAUUGUAUAAUCACAAUGAUGUUAAGAAUCAUUUCGAUUGUAGAGCAUGGAUAUAUGUAUCUAAAGAAUUCAGAAGAAGAGAUAUCUUACAAGGUAUUGUUACGGAUGUGAACGCAUUAAACCGAGUUGAAAUGGACGUUUUGGAGAAGUUAAAAGAGGAAGAUUUGUUGAAGAAAUUGCAUGAAUUUUUAGAAGAACGAAGGUAUUUAGUAGUUCUUGAUGAUGUGUGGAGUAUGGAAGUUUGGGAUUGUUUAGAAAAAGCAUUCCCUAGUGGGAAAACUGGAAGCAAAGUGAUGCUUACGACCCGGAACAAGGAGGUCGCUUUGCAUGCCGACGGAGAGGGUAUUCCACAUGAACCGAGGAUUUUAACGGAAAAUGAAAGCUUACAAUUGUUCUGCAAGAAAGCAUUUCACGGAAUAAAUAGUCUUCCGCGUGAAUUGAACAAGCUCGGAAAAGAUAUGGUCAUGAGAUGUGGUGGUCUACCUUUGGCUGUCGUAGUGCUCGGAGGAUUGCUAUCCCGGAAAAGCAAGUCGACAGAAGAAUGGCACCGUGUUUUUCGUAACAUCACUUGGCAUUUAACCAAAGGGCAAGAUCGGAUAGCUACGAUUUUAUCACUAAGCUACAAUGAUCUCCCAUCCCACUUGAAAUCUUGUUUCCUCUACCUAGGACUAUUCCCAGAGGAUGUAUCGGUCCAGACUAAAAAACUGAUCCAUCUAUGGAUCGCAGAAGGGUUUCUACCGCAAGAAGGUGAAGAAACAGCUGAAGGUGUUGCCGAGAAAUGCUUAAAUGAGUUGAUCGAUCGGUGUAUGAUUCAAGUAGUAAGAUUGAAUUCACUUGGGAGAGUCAAAACGGUCCGUAUUCAUGAUCUUCUACGAGACCUUGCUAUAUCUCAGGGAAGGGAGGAAAUUUUCCUCGAAAUUCAUCACGGAAACAAGGCAGAGCAAUCGGAAACUAUCUCAACAAAGUCCCGAAGGCAUGCUAUCCAUUCUCGGUAUGACCGGUACGUUUUCCUCAAAAAAUUCGCUCCGCAUUUACGAUCCCUUCUAUUUUUCAAUCGAGAGUAUAAUGUAGAUGUGGAGAGGAAGAGGAUGAAAAUCGGUUUCAUCGAGAAGAAGCUAAAUGUCAUUUACAAGAACUUUAAACUGUUAAGGGUCUUGGAUAUGGAAGGUGUUCGUGUUGUUAGUCUACCUGAUACAAUCGGAAGCUUAAUUCAACUACGAUAUCUCGGAUUACGGAAAACUAAUCUAGAAGAAGAGCUUCCUCUAUCUAUGGGGAACCUACAGAAUCUACAAACAUUAGAUUUACGGUAUAGUUGUUUUCUUAAAAGGAUACCGAAUGUUAUAUGGAAAAUGGUACAUCUACGACAUUUGCUCUUAUAUACUCCGUUCGAUUCCCCGGAAAGCGGCCAUUUGAGGAUGGACACCUUGUGCAAUCUCCAAAGCCUACCAUAUAUCGAGACCGGAAAUUGGAUAAAUAACGGUGGCUUAGCUAACAUGACAAGUCUUCGACAACUCGGCAUUGAUGGAUUGUCAAGACAGCAGGUUACUUCAGUCAUUUCUAUGAUGGAAAGAUUGCAGGACAUUCAAUCUUUGUCACUGUCGCUUACUGAACAAGAAAUGUUUCCGAUACUCACCGGAUUGUCUUAUUGCGAGCAUCUUCAGAAACUGUGUUUCUAUGGGAGAAUCGAGAAGUUGCCCGACCCACAAGAAUUCCCACCCAACCUGAUUAAGCUAACACUUCACAAUUCCGAGCUUCAGAGAGAUUCGAUUACCAAACUGGAAAGACUACCAAACCUCGAAAUGCUAGUUUUAGGUGAUGGAUCAUAUAAUUGGAGAGAGAUGGUUUUUUCAUCGGAAAGUUUUCCUAAACUUGAGAUUCUAAAACUUCAUCUAUUGAAAGAAUUGGAAGAUUGGAUAGUUGAAGAAAAGGCAAUGCCGAAGCUCAAGCAUUUGGUGAUAAAUCGUUGCGAGAAACUAGAACAAAUUCCAGAUGGAUUGAAGCUAGCAACUACCCUCAAAGAACUCGAAAUUGUUGGAAUGCCGGUUGAGUUUGAAUACAGACUCAGAACAAAAGAUUUCUUCGAGUUCAAACACACACCGUCAAUCAAAUCGACCACAGACAUGUUGGCAAUCGGGCUUGGCAGUCACCAAAAUGUUGGUUGGCCAGAAACACAAUUCGGUUGACCAAACACUUUUCGAAUAUUACAAAGUAAUAGCUCGGAGAUCUCUAUCUGUAAGACAAGUAUACGUUAGCUCAAAGAUUAUCAGAUGAGUGUAGCUAUUUCACCAUUCAAUGUAAAAUUUCUAGUUCUCGAUAUCUUUUAUAUGGUGAACAAUGGAAGAACGUAAAGAAAACUUAGGACAGCAUCUAAUUUCUUUUACCAAUAAUUACUUUUCGUUGAUUUUAAGAA